UGAACUUUGAAGGACCUGACUUUCUCCUGUCAUGCAAGAAGUUUGGCUGUGUGCUCUAAACUUAUUGUUAUGUGUAAGGUUAUUUUAAGUCCUGUGUCCUGUAAGUUAUGUCAAAUACUUUGUUUGUGCAUAUUGUCGUAAUUCUGUAGUAAUUUUUCAUUGAUGCCAUCAAUUUGAUGACAUGUCGCUCAAUGAUGUUGGGAUUGAGUUUGAACACCUGGUACAAAAACAUUACCUAAGUGGUUAUCAGAACAUGAAGUGAUUAACACUAAUUACCAAGAUAAUCCAGUGAACCAAUGAAGACUAAAAGCAAAUACAUUCAACUUUCACAAAACAUGAGAAAAUACAACUGAACCGGUCAUGAUUGGGUUUGGUUUUUCUUCUGAUUGGAAGACAAAGUGGCACGAGUUUUUUUAAGUGUAAUUUGCAAAACCAAAGGAAAUACAUAUUACUUUUGACACUUAAGUGGAAAUGGCUCUGAAGGUUGAAGGUAUUAAUUCUUGAAGUGAGUCAGUUAGUACUCAAGUUCCAUGAAACCAUAUGCCAUCAUGGCUGAGAGUUUGAGUAAAUCUAAAUCCUUUCAGGCCAUAUUUGUAAACCAGAGUCAUUGCUGUUGACGGUGAUGGGACCAAAUGUUGGCCUAAUGCACCGUACAGGUUAAAAUUUGUUAACCAGUCAUGACAUGUUUGAUGCCCAUUGAGGCCAUCGUUUUUUGUACCUCAUGUUCACACAGUUAAUAAUGAAAACAGGAAUAGUACCGUAACCAUUUUGAAUUACUGUUUGAAAUGGGCCUGUUUUCUGGUGUAGUGGUUCAUGUGUCCAUUUAUCAAAUUCAGAUCUUGAUUAAUGCACAUAUAGUGCAGUAAAUGUUUGUUAGUGGUGAUGCUUUUUGUGAGUGUUCUUGUACGUGUACAUAUGCAGUGAUUGUUAAUAAUAUCAACACUUUCAGCCUCACAUUCAACAUCUAAAUUCUCCUUAAAAUGUUGUGAAUUAUUUUACACUGUUUUUUUCUGAGGAUUAAGUAGCAGGUAAUGUACAGAAUGAUGUAUUUUGUUAACUGUAGUAGUUUCUUUGGUUUCAAGUUAUCUCUAAGAAGAAGUUAGGUGUUGCUUGCUUGUGACAUUGAAAGUGUUAAAACCUACUUUUUUACUAUCACAGUUUUGUAUUAGUUGUAAAUCCAGUUUACGUCUGUAAAUUGGCAACAGUAUAGCUUGUAACUGACAGUGAAUGGGUUAGAUGCCAAGGAACCCCCUGCUUAUAUUUUAUUGCUAAGGAUAAUUAAGAUUACCACAAGUGCAAUAACUUUAAGCUUGAGCAGUUACUAAGUUGUCUUUUUGUCGCCUAUGGAUGUUGUGAAUAAACAGAUAAUUUAGCAAUUGACUCAAUACCUGUGACUUGGUUUCUUGCACUACACCUCAGAUUUUCCUUCUAUUUUGCCUAUUUGUUGUUUGCUUUUCCUUUGUCUAAAAACGCUUGCUUAUUGCAAGCACUUUAUGAAAUAACUAUAGAAUUAGGAAAUAGAGUACAUUUUCUCCUUGUUUAGUUAUAAAAGUGUGAUGGACUUUUUUAAGACCUUACAUGCAUGUUUUCACAGAUGUUUCAAGUUCAUCUAGACUUCUGCUCAGAAAGAAGUAUCGUAAUGUUUUCUACUUCUGAAAUCGAACAUGGUUGUAUUGUCUUGUUAGAAAUCUUACCCUUAUUUUAUAAUUUAAGAGAUUGAAAACAAUGUUUCCUUUACAUAAACUGGUGCAAACACUGGAAGAACAUAAAAGUUUCACGAUUUUGAUUAAUUCCUUGGCUUUGUAUGGUUACGUUUGUAGGUUCACUCAGUCACCUGUUCAGUGUUCUCUUCAUGAGUUAAGAAAACCAGAGGCUUUUCUAUCGUUCUGCCCAGAUUCUCUUUGUGAUCAUCCUCCAAUCUUUCUUCCCCCUAAAUGGAUAGUCUCCCUUGCAGCUUUCAUUGGGAUCACAAAAUGCUUCUCCCCUUCAACACUUCUCUUCUCAAUGGUAGAAGUGUAGGAUGAGCUUGGAGAAAGUCUGCCUAUAAUGCUAGGUCUUUUCUGGUUUAUAUGAGAUAUUUAAUCUUUCAACAUUAGCACAUUUUUUAAGGGUUGGAAUUUUUCUGUUGUUAUGUCUUGAAAAACCCUGAGGCCUGAUAACUGUUCAGUGCUGAUCAACUUUCAAGAACGAUUGAACCCAGACACUUGCACCAUGCUGUGUAGACACGGCUGUGCGCAUUUUCUGUUUCUUAAUGAUUGACAAGAAGCUUACCAAGCAUCAUAUUUAAGCCCAAGAUUUCCUCUGCAGUGUAGUAAUAUACAGUGGAACCCUGCCUUACGGCCACGCCAUUAAUACUGCCACCUUAUUCUGGCCCGAACGAAAGCUCAGUCAUUUUCUUAUUUAGAAAACGGCCAUCCUGUUAAUACAGCCAGAUUUCUGUGGCCUGUCGGUGACCAGAUUAACGGGGCUCCACUGUACAACCAUUUAGCAACACUUAGUACUGAGAUUUAGGUGCAGCUUAGUGCACAGUGCUCCCUGGCUGUUCAUGUAGUUAAUAGGGAGGGUAGUUAAUAUUUUUUGCAGUUGAUGGUUAGCAAAUAAUAGUGUAGCUGUACUGGAAUCAGCUUUCGCCUGAUAAACUUGAAAGAAAAAAUGUCUGUCUGUGCAUUGGUGAAAAAAUAUAGAGCACAAAUAAUGACAAAUAUUGUAAAUGACUCCUGAAUAUGGCCAAGCACUUUAGCUACAUACACAGCUUCAUGUAUAAUCAUGACGAGUGCCAAUAAAUUUGAACUUUUAGAGAAUUUAAGUCACACACUGGAUGUUAGUAGCCCAUUAUUACUGAUUAGGCCGACUGAAGUGAAAAUAUGAUCAUGAUUUUAAGCUGUGUUUGGCCUGUCCAGAAUGCCUACUUUUUCACGCUCCCCACUUGGGAUAAUAACCUUCGCCGAGUUACGCAGUGAUUCUCCCCAGAAGAAGCGUUGCGUGAGGCGUUGGCAGACGCAUUGCGCCCACGGGCAGAUACAGGGUUUUUUAGCGGGGGAAGCUAGGGUGGGGAGGGCGGUGGCUAGUACCUUGGGUUUGCAGAAUUAACGGGGCAUUCCUCCAAAAUGUUGUAACUAAAGAAUUAGAGCUCAAUUUAAAACUGUUACGCCAGAAAUACUUGGAACGCCUGAAAGUGGAGAUUACAAUGAGGUAACUGCAAGACUUUUUGCCUUCGCUUCUACCAUAAUAUUCACAAUUUCCUUUUCUUUCUUUCUUUUCUGUUGUUGUUUUUGUUUUUUUUGCUUCUCCGAAAAGGGGUUGGCUUGCACUUGCCGGGUCUUGGACCUUUUGGGUGGUGCUUAUUCGAGGGCGGCGCUUUCUUGAUAACGGCGUUCUGCGAAAAAAUCAGAACAUUUCAGUUUUGUAAAUAAUAACAAGCAAAAUGGGGGCCGGGAAUCGGGGCGGCACUUAAUUUAAGUAAAUACAGCAUGCUAGAUCAUGCUAGGGAAACCGGGACCUGACGUGACCUCUUACCUAUGCACUGCGGGUGGCGUUUUGAUCAAUGGCAUAGGCCUGGCAAGGCUAAUGACGACAGUUAUAAAUUUUAGGGUUAGUUUUUUUUUGUUGUUGUUGUUGCUGUGGAUAAGGAAACUAAUUUAUAUCAAGAUACAAUCGCUCUUCGAAAUCGGGUAAUUUGCGCCUCAUUUCAAUUCCUGAUCCAUACAUUGACGUCGACAUCGAGAAGCCUUUUGCAGUUGCGUUUUACCGCCAUUCAACUGUCUCGUGUGCGUGACACACGCGUGAUACUGUACUGGUGUGACAACCUGUCUGAAGUAAAUGAAAAGGAGCGUCAAGGGAGCCUGAAACUAGUCAUAAUCCAAGAUGGCGGAUCGUGGCGAGCUAGAAGUCACUACAACGAAGCGAGCUCGUUUGUCGUUAGAGAGUUCUUUUGAUCAAAAAGAUAGCUCUGUCGGUGAUUCUGAUAAGGUUGAACCGUACGUUAGUUCUAUUUCGCGUCACAACGUAAUUGAAGAGGGUGCUAGUGAGGAAAAGUUAUCAACCGAAACGAUGUCACGUGAACAAUGUGUCGGACAUGUUGGGCACGAAAGACUAGAAAGUGAAGACUUUCCGACAUGUUACAGUGUCGAAGAUGGUUUAAACAAUCAAGAUGAACACCAUUAUCAACCAAUAGCAGGUCCUAUGGGCUGGAUUCAACGGCAGAUGAAUCUUGAUGUUAAUCCCGAAGAUGUACUUGCCUAUAUGGUGCCCCAUGCUCAGUUGCCUCCCAACUUAGAUCGGGCAACUCUAUGGAAAAUCAUUAUUGAUAUCCUCACUGAGCCUACACCAAGACAAAAGCUUGACCAUGUCAACUCUCUUGAUGAUGUUGUAGAACUUCUCAGAGGAUCAAAGAACAUCAUUGUUUUAACAGGGGCUGGGGUGUCUGUAUCUUGUGGUAUCCCUGACUUUAGAUCCCGAGAUGGUGUAUAUGCCAAAUUAAGUGUGGAGUAUCCUGAUCUACCAGAUCCUCAAGCAAUGUUUGACAUCUCCUAUUUCUACCAGAAUCCAAGGCCAUUCUUUAAGUUUGCAAAGGAAAUAUACCCUGGACAAUUCAAACCAUCCCUUUGCCACAGAUUCAUAAAGCAGUUGGAAUCAAAUGGACAACUACUGAAGAACUAUUCCCAGAAUAUUGACACUCUGGAACAGGUUGUGGGCAUAUCAAGGGUCAUACAGUGCCAUGGCUCAUUUUCCACUGCUUCAUGCACAAGCUGCAAGUACCAAGUUUCUUGUGAGGCCAUAAGAGAAGAUAUUUUUCAGCAAGUCAUACCUCUUUGCCCAAAAUGCCCACAAGAUGGGAGCUGUUUUGCCAUAAUGAAACCUGAUAUUGUAUUCUUUGGUGAGAGUCUUCCAUCUGAGUUUUAUCACAACCUAGAUGAAGAUUCUGAAAAGGUUGAUCUUCUUAUAGUUAUUGGUUCUUCUUUGAAAGUCAGACCAGUGGCAUUAAUUCCAAGUCAUGUGCCGCCUGAGGUGCCACAGGUGCUUAUCAACAGAGAGCCGCUCAGACACAUGACAUUCGAUGUCGAGUUACUGGGUGACUGUGAUGUCAUCAUCUCUGAGCUAUGCCAGCGACUGGGCGGGUCCUGGAUCAGUUUGUUGGACGAUUUUAAGAUGCCUUAUGUGGAGAGAGGUCUUUCAUCACCUGACAAGGUUAACGUGACUCCAGAGGAGCGUCCAGAAGUCGUCGAGAGUAAAGUAUCAGGAACUCUUGAUGGUGAUCGGACUCAACGAAGUGCACAAAGUGAUGAAAGAAGUGUAUUACACGAUAUAGAGAAUACAAGUGAAGAUGCCAGUCGAGGAUAUCCGCCGCCCCCUAAGGAAGGUCAUGUGACUGUAGGUGAGAGCAGUGGCUGUGAAGAGACUGGUGACGAGCCAUGCAGAGACCAGCCUAGAGCUUCUGCCGCUGGACAACAAAAUGAGCACUCUACUAACAACGACACACCAUGCCAAGAAGAUUUUCCUCGAUUCCUCUUCAUGCCUCCAAGUCGUUACAUUUUCUAUGGCGCUGAAGUUAUGGACUCUCCUCUCCCCUCCCCCUCCCCCUCAAGAAACAUCAGUGGCUACUUGGACAGUACUAGCGAGGGGAGUGACAGUGACAGUGUUGGAGAAAUCGAUGAUAACGAAGCUGGCGGUGAUCAGCUUGAUGGCAUUAUUCAAGAUCUGAUGAGACAUGAAAGAAGCGCUGACAGAAGCACUGAGAACAAGCUCCAAACAACAACAAACAAUGGGCAACUGGUUACUCGCGGCAGCAGCGGCAGUGACAGUACCAGUGACGAUGGCUUUGAUGAAGGCGAUGCAGAUAAAGCCUCAGAGAUCUACAAUAGCGAAGUAACUAAACAGGCGUUGUCUCUAAUCCUGGGAGGUUUGAGCAGCUACACGUGCGCAAGCGAGGAGAACAGUCUGUUGUCGGCUGGCUCUGAUGACCCAGUCACUCCGGGCUCGAGUGAGCCUUGCUGCCUGCCGUCAGUUGCUGCAGACACGCUGUUGACUGACCGACCAUUCAGUGGUGUUACCAUGGAUAGACCGCCAUCACAGCCAGAUUAUCCAGAGCCUGGAAAUCAGGAUCACAUCGAAGAUACAAAGAAAGGUGCUUCUGAAUGCGGCCAAUCUGGUGACGACUGUGUGCCGUUGGGAACGAAAGAUGAUGUUAGCAGUGAUGCGAGUGCUACCCUGAAAUCCGAUUCUUUGCAUUCAUGACGUUAAUGUUUAUUUAUUCUGUAAAGAACUAUAGAAGCAUUUUCUUCUUACAUGUGUAUUAUGUAUAUUAUAUAUUAUAUAUUUUUUGGUAUUAUUUAGCCAAAUGGGCAUAAAACAAAUCUUGACUACACGGUCUGGAAAACCGCCAUCUGCGACGCGACUGUAAUACAGCUGUAACUUAACCCUCCUGUAUAGUUCAAUACUGUACUGCACUACAGUAUUUACAAUUUUGAGAUUUGAAUUAAGAGCUGGGUCUUAAUAUAGUCAAUGUACAAUAUAUUACAAUAUGCAGUAUUUAUCUUUAUUAUUUUUGAUUGGUUCCCUGGGCUGCCCGAAUUUAUAGCUACCCACCGCCAAGUUCUACUUUCGUUCUGUUCUAAGUAAAACGACAAUUUCCUAAGUCUAGCGGACGUUUAAUCGAAGUAUAUGCUGUUUAUUUUUGGCGCACGCUUUUGUCAAAAUAGCUCCAUUAAUUUAUAGGCAAAAUUUAAAAAAAAAACCACCAUGAUAAUAGCCUCUUCCAAACGUUCAGUUAGUUGAGGUGCAGCGCCAAAAUCAGCGAGCGAAAACACAGGGGAGAGGCCUGGUGCGGCGCAGCUCCUCCCACCAAGCCUCUCUCCUUUUUUCCCUCGGUCGUUUUUUCGCGCUGCGACAGAACUAAUUGAACGCCUGGAAGAGGCAACCAUGAUGAAGGAAAACAAACAAAAAAGAAAAAAAAAAAGAAAUACUGAUCGAGCUGUUUAAUUUGCGAGUUUAUGUGCCUUGGCACGACUAAGGCCAUAAACUUACAAGAGAAGAAGGAGAAAAAAGAAAACUCGACCAGUAUUUCCCCUACACGGACCGCGCGCUCAUAAUUAAUAACAUUCAUGUUAUUUUGCAACAGAAAGCAUAAGAGCAACCUAAAGGUAUAUUACAUGACGUUUUUUGUGCUCCGUAAACAGUUCAAGCUGGACUAGGGUGGGACGCACACCUUCAGUAGACUAACGAGUACGAAAUGACAUAUAAAAGAGUAGUUGUAAAUAAACCAUCUGAAAUAUAA